GGAAGUUAAACCGGUUCUUUCUCCGAUGGCGAACAUGAUGAGUCCGGACGACAAAGACAAUGAUGUUAUGGGCUCUUGUGGUCGGAAAAACAAACAUGGUCGUCGCAGUUUCUCCCGCUAUGUCAAAGCCCUCUUCUUUGAAACUUCCCUGAUGAAGAAAAUGCGAAGCAAAAAAUUGGGACAAAAGCUCAACCGGAAUUACACCAAUUUAAAAUAUUCCAAACCCAUAUCAAAAUCAACAAAUGACAGUCCAUCAAUGAAUGAGGAUAAUCACUCAAAAAGAAGUACUUCUAGUUCUGCAUUUUCACCUUGUUUAUGUACAACUUCUACGAUGAAUUCAACAUCAACAACAGCAACAACAUCAAGGUGUUCAUCCUCAUCAGUUUCUUCGAAUUCAAGGCUUUCAUUAUCCGAAACCAUGGAAAACAAUAAGCAAGGAAAGGUUGGAAAUGGCAAUGGCUUUAAUGUUGGUAUAUGUUUGUUUCUUAUUAGCCUACUGGUUUUGGUCAUUUGGGGUAAGGUUUGUGCCAUUUUUUGUACUUCAACCUGGCUCUUCUUCGCAUGUCGAUGGAGUAAAUUUAAACCUGUUCCAUCAGAAAAUAUUACAGUUGAUCAUCAUUUUCCUGAGAUUGAUACAGAGCUUCACAAGAAGAAGGUUAUCAUGGAAGGAUUACUAGAAAGGAAUCAUACUCAAAAAUCGAAAUCCUUUCCCCUACUGAAACUAUGAUACAUAAGCCAGAGCAGAAGUAUCAGAUUCCAUUUUUUUUGCUUAUAAAAUCAGGGAUGUCUCCAAAAUUUUCCAUCCAUUUUGCAGUUUUGUCUAUCUGAAGAGAUUUUUUAUUUGUAUUGUAUACUUAUCAGACAAAUCAGGCAUUGGAGCAAUUUUUUCAAUAUGUUCUUCAUAUCACAAGAAAAUGGCAAUUGUACAAAUAUCUAUACAAUUUUAUAAUUUAAGCACAGCUCGAUAGCAUUAUUUACCAGAUUCUGGCAUGUAUUGAUGUCUUGGUUUACAAAAGCUGUUAACAU